UGUAAAAGGUUAACUGAACGAACAAGUUCAAGUCAAAGAUAUUCAUUUUGCAACUGAUUUGCAUAUUUCUUAGCCUUGAUUUCAAGCGGCAGGUGCGCACUGCCGUGCGCUGCGAUGCGACGAAUGACGAACGCCUUGAUCGAGUGUAGAUAGCAAAGUGUCACGGAUGGAUACGAUUUAAGCACUGACGUUUGACUACAUGUCAGUUUUGGUCAGUUCACAUCUUCUUCAUGUGACCAAUUAUGUCUCAUACCCAAGGGAGCGACUUGUUCCGUAUUAGAUGAGACCAUUUAGUUUAAUAAAAUUUUUAACAUUUAAAUUUUGCUGGGCUGCAUACCCGCGGGUAAUAGUAGUUUAUUUUACUUUUGCAGUCCCUGACCAACAUACUGUUACUUGUCUUGGUAUAUGUAUUCGGUUUGUCUCUGGUCCCUGCUACUGCUAAUAUUUACUUAUAUGUGUAGUUUUACUGUUUUUUUUUUAUAUAAAUGUACUUUUUGUAAAAUUUUGCUUUGUUUGUUCUUGUGAUAGUCAAAUAAAUAAUAAUAAUACUGUUAACCCUAAAAUGCUGGGGGUGGAAUCCUCAACAUUUUUCUGAUAUCGCCGCAGUGCAAUUUUUUUCAGGAUUUAAGCCUUUGGGACCUUUUAGAGUAAUUUUUUCAGUCAUUUUUGCACCAAUUUUACGAAAAUUUGACAUAAUGUAUACAUAUAAUAUAUAUAUUAUAUCGGCUAAUUGGCGCAAGUCUGUGUUACACUUGCUAUCGAUAGAAGAUUGUAAGAGUUAACGUACCCCGUUUACAUUUAUUUACAAAAUGAAAGUUGUUUCCUCUUGUUCACGUUCACCUCUUACUUGACGGGCAGGGCAAUAAACCUUGGCUUCUCGUACAGUUGGUACCAUUUAUCAUUUAUUACGGCUAGGGUUCAGUUUGAGGGAUAAAGAAUGCUCUGAAUCGAUUGUGUCACUUAAAAAAUUCUCACACUGGAUUGCUAGCAAUUUCAAUUAAUGUUUUAGUUGUGUUUCAGGUGAUUAAGGCAUUUUGGCUGAAAACGAAAGAGAGUUGACUACUGUUGUGUAAUUUUUGGGACUAGGACAAGUUUGUCGUAUCCAUAGACUAGAUCGGCUGACAUUCGUAGCGCCCUCUGGUGGUUUAAUUAUCGAUCGAAUUGUGAAAAACCAAGCCCAAAAUGGCGACUCUCUUGGAAUCACAUCGGGUGCAAAUUCAGUGUUCUUGCGGCCUCAGUUCGCCUAUUACAAAGCUCUAUUUCUGUAAACACUGCCUAAAGCUGAGAUGUGGACGUUGUGUAUCACACGAGGUGGAUUCCCACUAUUGCCCAAACUGCUUGGAGAACAUGCCAUCAGCCGAAGCUAGAAUUAAGAAAAACCGUUGCCCCAACUGCUUGGACUGUCCAAGUUGUAAGCACACCUUAUCGACGCGGGCCACCAGCAUGGCAUUGCCGGACCCCAGUGAUCCUUCAAAAGCGACCACGAAGAAGGUGUACUACCUGGCCUGUGGUUUCUGCCGUUGGACCUCCAGGGAUGCAGGGAUAUCGGACAAAGAAGUGGCCAGUGGUGCGUGGGUGGAACCAGAGAAGGAGCACACAAAAAGGAUCCGUGAACUCCUUGAUUAUUACCGUCAGCUGGCGAGCCGUGAAAAGUUAGAACGAGAGAAGAAAAAGUACACACGCCGACGUACGUACUUCCAUAUCCAGGAGAAGCUGUCGGCCCCUACAUCCUCUGGAGUGCGCCGCACCAGCGGUCUGCUGACUGCACUGUCAAGCUUUAAUUUGAAGGAGGGAGAACAGGCAGAGGAAGUGACUGUCAAGGUCAUUGAACCUUUGGAGGAUGUUGACCCGGUUCCAACUAAAUACUUCACCCAGCCAGUUGUCCUGGAGAAAGUUCCCAGUAUCCGUCAACGUUUCUUGCAGCCCGAGAUGACCGCACCCAUUGUCAACGAUCUCUACCCGCGGCAUAAGCAUUUGCUCAUCAAACGCUCCCAGAGAUGCAGGGAAUGCGAGCACAAUUUGAGCAAGCCGGAGUUCAACCCUUCCUCCAUCAAGUUCAAGAUUCAACUCAUCGCCUUGCAUCACAUCCCGGACAUCCGCGUCUUCCUGGUGCCCAAGCUCAACUUCCAGCGGGAGAGCCUGGUCACUCUCCUGGUGACCAAUCCAGUCCAGAAUGCCACCACGAUCAAGCUGGAAUCCCCAGAGAAGACUGACAACGAGAGUGAUGCGGCCACGGCCAAGGUCGUUGUGCCAGAUGAGGAACUGACUCUUGCCCCGAAGGAUGACACUUCGGAAUUUGAUGAUGCGUCUACGGACACCAAAGAGUACAGCGACAAAGCAGAGUUUGUCCACUUCCGGAAGGCCCACAAACUGGGAAUUCUAGUCAAAGUGACUCCCUUGAAAGCAGUAGGAGAUGUCACUAUCGCAUUCAAGCUUAAGUACGACUACAAGAACGCCACCCCUUCGCUGCGCACAACCACGGAGACGCAGAGCGAGGUGGAGACGGUUUGGUUGCAGCACCCGGUCACCGUCAAUCUGGGACCGUUGGCACAGAACCAUUGAAUCCCGCACUCGAUGCCCACAGGGCGGGCAGAGCUAGUACUGCACAUCAUUGUAUUUGAAAUGAGACUGUCUCAUUUACAGCGUACCGUUUAACCAAACACUUGCCUACUUCAGUUGCAGUCGAUCUCGUGGAAACCAUGGGGUACUUCAACGCCUUUUGGUAAGACUCUGUAUCUGUCACGCAGCUUGUACAUACAACUUUUAAAUUAUCUGCACCGAAAGUGCACGUCUUUUGUUGCAAACUUUCCUUGAAACCAGUCUUUUUUUUUGGAGAGGGGCUUUAUUUUGUUUGGAAUUUUGGGAAAGUUGGAGGAGUUUUUUGUCAGUUUAGUUUGAAAUAUAUAAUUGCGCUGUAAGGUUUUAAACAAAGGAGAAACUAUAUUUGCCAAAAUCCAAGUACGUGUACGGUGUUUGAAAAAUUGUGUGAAAUGGCGCUAAAUGUGACCAUUCUGCUCUGAAGAUUGCGCCGCUUUAAAUCUUUAGUUAUGAAAGGAUCAUCAGGAUUUCAUUCUUAGAAUCACAUGCAUGUAUCAUGUUCACCUCCCAAAUACCAGUCUGAUGUAAUAGUGUCCAGUGUUUGUAGUCGGCAUUUCCCUCUGGCUAUAAUCGGUGUCUAGAAAUAUUGACUGCCUAAUUCUUAAAUGUAGUACAUCGUGACUGUAGCACUGUAGUAUACACAUAUGGACUGGCACUGAGGUCUCUAGUACGUGCCUAUGUGCCCACAGGGACACCCUGAGUGACCAAUAGUGGGCUGUUUCCCUGAGGCUAAGGGAGACAGGACCCACUUGUGGUCACCCAAAUGGACGUGCAUCAGUGACCAAAUUAUGCCAGUCCAAAUGUGUUUGAUAACGCACCUCUGUCAAAAAUGUAAAGUAAGAAACUGUUUAGGGUUUCAUAUUACUGUACUCUUUUUUUGAAUUCAACCGUACACCCAUAUUGGCAAUUCAACUAGCCAUUCCAUAAUGACAGGAACGCUUCUAGUUCCUAUCGUGAGGGCGCUGUAACAAAUCAAAAAAUUCAAGUCUCUGGGAUUCGCACACACAAUGUCUUGGCACAUGUCCAAUCCAUGCUGAUGCGUGACGUGAACAGGUUUAUAUUUGUGAACCCCAUGUGACCAUUUUCCAGCCAACCAGCAUAAGGAAUCAGCAAGAGGUGUUAAAAUACUGAAUAUUCAUUGGUACCGUAAGAUAAGACUGUAGUGUACAUUCUUGUUUACACUGUAUUGUACAUGUAUGUGGUGUUGGUCAGAGAUGUUUGGCCCAUCCAUAAUAAAUGCACGUCUUGGUGAAUUACUUUGCCAUAUACAGGAAUGAAACCAGAGAAAAAUAUGUUUGAAAAUGGAAACCAACAGAAUUAUUUGUGACUCUGACUAAAGGAAAUGAGUCACACAGGGACCCAAACUCAGUUCAAAGGUUUUUAUCUGUAUACGUUGUUCAGAGUGAAAACGGUAAUUUUCUCCUUAAAAAUAUCAGCGUCUGUACUUUAUCCAGAGACCCAAAUUAGAGAGAAAUGAUGUUGAGCUGAGCAUUUAACCCUCUGUUUGACACAGCAACAGUAAGGGGAAAAGUUGUCACUGAAAACAGUCUGAUUUUAAGAAUUUGCUUAUAAUAAAAAUAAAUAUUUAUUGAAUUGGUUCUGCUGUUCAUUUUUGCUUGAAGAUAGUACAUUUGAAAUGCUUCACCAAGCAAAACUGUACAGCAAAUGUUCAAAAAGAAUUUUGUUCAUUGAUUGCUAGUGGACAUUUAAAAGUCUCUUUAUGCUCAACAUUUUGUUCACAUUUCUAAACUUGCAGUAGUAUGAUUAUUGGUUUUUGGUAAUCUUGGUAGCAAAGUUUUUUUUUUCUGGAUACAAAGACAAAAUCACUUAAAAUGUAAUUUAGUGGUAGUGCAUGGUGAUUUUAACCACUCUGUGUUUUUGCAUAGUGCAGACAAAUGUUGCCGAUGAACAGAGUCAUAUUUCUAACUCUGUUUAUCUUCAAGAAAUACCUGAAUCCGCAUUUCUGAUUGGUUGAUCUGUGGCAACAACUGGUAUGAUAGUAUAUGUAUUGUACUGUACACAACUCCAUGGUGUACACCUUACACCGUCUUGAUAUCGACAAUGAAAAAUACUCAAACUUAAAAAUGUAGUGCGUCUGUGUCCCGUAUGCAGCCGAGUGGUAUACGGUACACAGACGCACUGCACCAGCACAAUAAUGAAUUUAUCUUCAAACUUGACGCGCAGUAAAUAAAAUAUAAAGGGGCCUGUGCGUGCACUACAGUAAACACCGCAUGCGCCACAAUUCUGCAAUUUUAUAAUUUUAUCUGAAGAGCAUUGGAAUUGUUUGCAUAACAGGGCUUGCACCUAAGAACAGCUAGAAAAGUACAUGCGUUUAUACACGCGAUUGAUCAGCAUAGGCAAACUUAGUGUACAAAUAGUGUAGUGCAUGCCAUUGUCGUGUUAGAACAAUGCAUUACACGUUAGAACAGUGCAUUACGUUAGAACAGUGCAUUUGUUUCUGCAUGGGACUCAAAAAUUUCAACGGUCAGGGUUAGGUACUGUAGGCAAAUCGAAGAAGACGCCACUCCUGCGGGGCAACCACACUCGUGCACAUCUUGAGUGCGUGUGCGCACUUCGGCGUAUGAGUGGCAGCGCACCGUAAGGCGCGAAGACCCGCGUUGCGAACAUGACAGCCGGAAUUCCGUACGCCGGAUUUGUCCGUGGUACCCGACCGA